GCGCGCGCGAAAGCGCCGACGGUGCGGCGGGCGGGCGCGAAAUCUUUAACUCUGUAGAACUGUGGGAUUUCAAUGUAAGGAUUGUGGAAUGGCUCAGGACCCUACAGUGCCCAAACUGAACUUUGAGUAUUGGUUGGAUAAAGCUAUUGAAUGGGGUCAAGCCACUACUUUGGAAUCCCAGAAAGAUGUGUGCCUUCACUUGUCCCAGCUCCAGGAAUUUCUACAUCAGCUUUAUGAAGCAAUAAAGCAUUUGCAGGGUCCCACUGUAGUAAUCCAGCAGUUCCCUUUAAUUGGACAGCUUCUAGGACGGCUCUGUUGGAAUCCUUUUGUUAUAGGAUAUGAUGAAAGCCAGAAGACUCUGAUGUGGUGCUUGUGCUGUCUGUACAGCAGUGAACCACAGAAUGCUGUGGAACUGAAGGCCAACAGCUGGGUACGGAGUUUGCUGUGCCAUCUCCUUUCUUCUUCUAAGUGGGAAAGUAAUGAAGCAGAAACCAGUGCAUUCAUAUCAGCUCUGGGCUACACGUCAGCAGAUUAUUAUUGUCACUUGGUUAAAAAUAUGGUUGUUUCAUUAGUACGAGAACUCAGAGAAAACCAGUUCAAUGGGCUUAACAUUCAGGAGAGCAUUUCAGCCAGUCGUGUGAAUGCUGUUUCCAUUUUCUGUGUGCCUCUCAUUACUUUGCCUGAUCUAGCUCCAUUGCUGGAAACUCUCCUUCUUUACCAUGGAGGGUCAUCAAAAGAAAUUCUCAGUUCAGAGUUUCUAGAGUCUGUGAACGAGGCCUUUUUAAAGAAGAAGAUCUCCCUUCCUGAAUCAGUUGUCUUCAGCCUUUGGCUUCGUCACUUGCCAAGCCUUGAAAAAGCUACCUUGCAUCUUUUAGACCAGGUGCUUUCCAUUCAGUUGAAUUCACUGGAAGAAGUGGCUUGUGUCAUAAAAGACUCAUUGCUGCCACAAGCAGCAAGCCAUCCUGCUAUUUUCAGAAUUAUAAAUGAAAUUUUCAAGAGUGCACUGAUGGAAACUGAUGGAACUUCAGAAGUUUUGACAGUAAUACAGGUGUUUACACAGCUUUUCCUUCAGGAUCAUCAGAAUGAAAACAAACAGCAUAAAUUUCCACUGAAGGCCUACUUCCCGUAUCAUCACCAGCCUCUUGUUAGACGUUUAGUCAGACGUCCUUUUGAACUCCCAACUACAUAUUGGUCUGAACAUGUGAAACACAUUUCAGAUAUGGUCAAAGCAUUAGUAGAAGAUACAAAUGCUAGUUCUCUCACUGACCUCUUUGAAAUUUGGUUUUUGGUUGCUUGUUUUGGAGAAUGGCUGGAUAUUGCAGCAGAACAAUUACUGAAGGCUGCUGUAGAACCAGAUCCUGUGCUGUGGCUGCUGGCAUUUUACUACUGUCCUAAAAAUGAAAAUCAACAAAGGACUCAAACAGUGGUAGAAGCUCAAGCAGUCUACAGUCAUCUAAUGAUGCUGUUCAACUGUGCAGACCUUUCUCUGAAAGACCUGGAGGCUGCUGUACACAGGGUGAUGGGCACAGAGCAGUGUUGUAACCAGCAAUUCACAACACAUCUUCUGACCAACUUCUUGCUCUUUUCACCUGGUGGACAUAAGAUUGCCCAGGAAUGUAUUUACCAUAUUACUGAGAUAACUGAUACAAGCAAAGAAGUUCAUAACCUUCUUAUCCGUACUGCACACAGAUUUAACCAUAGUGGAGAAGAAAACCAAAGGACUGUGAAGCUGCUGAAUGAACUUCUUCAAAAACUUACGUUGAAAGUUUAGAAUUUUAAUGUGAUAUAUUUAUCAAACCAACAAAUUAGGUCUUUGCCCAGGUAUCAGACUUCCAUUAGCAUCUGGCACUGCAGGUUACCAAGGGCACAGAGAUACCUAUAUAAACAAUAGCUGCUCAUUUAUAUUCCCUCAUCUAUAUUGAAAAAUAAUCUGUUUGGAAUUGUUAAACUUUGGAAACAUAGUAGUAAAUAUUAAAGAUGCUUGAAAAUUUUGUUCUGAGUACUGUCUGUAACAAGAGACCUACAUCAUCAUCACUCAUCUCCUUGUUGUUUAUCUGGUUGAUGGUCAGAUUUUUUUCCAAAUUACUCAUGUAGGGUGUUUUAAGCAAGUAAAUCCAAUUGCUUGAUUGGUAAGUUGUUACUAAAAUGUUUUUUCUAUGCUUCUGCUUUUAUGAACCUAAUGAUGAUCUCAAGUGAUUCAUAGUGUUCUCAGGAAAUCAGUCAGUGGUAUUUCCUGAACUCUUUCCUUAUUUUUGAAAAUGUUUCCAAAAUGAAACUCUUCCCAGAUUUGCUAAAUGUGGGGGUUUUUCAAUACUGCAGCUUUCCCAGGACAGUGUUCUCCGUAAGUAUUAGACCAAUAGCUGUUUUUUGUCAACAGAUACUGCAGGCAUAAAAUUGCUUGCAGUACAGCCCAAUUAACAGUGUGGUGUGACUGAUGCUAUUAUUUAUUAAUUUAAGAAAUACGGGGCUUUUAUUCAGACAAAAGAGGGCAAGCAAAGCAGAGACAUAAGGACAUUUCCCAGUUUAAAGGGACAGAUUUCCUAUAAAUGUUGCAACUCAUUUCCUUCAUUUUUGUAUCCAGCAGUUAUUUGCUUACUUCUUUGUUUAGAUUUUUUUGUCUCCUGCAAGGAGCAUAAGCAGGUAGCAACAGCUUAUGUUUUUUAUCUUUAGGAAAGUACUUUUCCCUUGAAGCUUUGUGAACCUGUUUCUAGCUUAACUAGAAGAAUAAGCAUGGAGAAUAGUGCUAAUAGAGAAUCCUAAUUUUCCUCAGUAAUUUGUUCUGCUAGAUUACUUAUGUGUAAUGCCAAUGCCUGUGCUAUGCUACUCAAAGAUGCUACCUGAAAUUCUGUUCUUGCAUAUAAAAUCUGAGACAUGUAUAUUGAAUUAAUAAAGCUUUUUGAAUGUA